GAGUUUGCACCGCCUACUUUUGCGUGCAGCUACAUGACGUCACGUACGUCAGUCGACGUGAGCCGCGUGAAGGGGUUGUUAUGGCAUCUCCGGGGUAUUUUGGUGACGGUCCGCCGAUGCGCGAGAGUGACCCGUACUUCACUGAGGUCAUCAACAAGAAGAUGCGCGUGCCCGAGCGCCUGAGGGUCGGUCCAACUGCUCAGACAGCAGAACAUGUUCAUCCCAGACCUGCUGAAGAUCUGCCUGCUGCCUACAGCAUGCACAUCCCCGACAGACUGGCACUGACAGACGCUCCUGAUCUGAGUCCACGUCCUCUGUUCUCCAAACACACUUCAUCAAUGUGGGAUGUGCACCAAGGGUCCUGGGAUAGGGAAGCAUUCAGAGAGCCUGUGCAGAGUCCACUGCGAAGGUCUUAUAGUGACCAGGGCUUUGGGCGAACUCCCCCAGGAACCCCCACACACUCCAGACAGACAGCCUACUCUCAGACUCCCCGCAGUGUUGGACGUCCACCUGUCACGCUCUCAGCCCCGUCCCAGACAAAGCCCCCGGGACCUCCCUCCAUCCCACCCAACCUGCUGUCCCCACAGAGCAUCCUCCAGGCCGCCAGAGAGCUGGGCCAGCAGGCGUCGCAGAGACUCCUGCAGUCCGUCACCCAAAAAUACUCCUCCAGGUUUGGUUAUCCAGAAAACCGUCCCUCACAGGCUGUAGAGGUUCAACCUGAUCAGAGCAGGACAAGUGUCCAACAGGAGGUCUGGCUCAGUCCUGAAGAGGAUGCUGGUACUGCUGUUGAGUUCAUGGUGCUCCGCAGGCAGGUGGUGAAGAUGAGCAGGAGGAUCGCAGGUCUGGAGAGGCAGAGUGCUGAGCACAGACAGACGGAGCUGCUGCUCUUCUCUCUGUUAGUGUCUGCCUGUCUUCUCAACGGCUGGCUCUGGCUGCGCAGAUGACCCUCACACUCCUCAACACUACGCUCACUCCUGUUCCUGGACAAUAAUGGUAAAAGGCUGCUCCUGUAGAGGACUGUGAUCAGAAGGAGAUUUAAAUGUCUGCCUUGACUCAUGAUAUAUAACUCUCACUUGUGUCUACAAGUGAAAGAACUCCAGCAUGUUUUGGGAUGGUGUUAUUUGAUAAAACUAGAGUUCGCAUUUGAUUGAUUAUCCUGAGAUUUUCUGCAUGCUUUAAUGAGCCUCAGGUUUUUGUACACAAUAUAACAAGCCAUUUUUAAUAUUUAUUGUAUAAAAAGCCUAGAAUUAACCUUAUUAUUAAAUGCUUGUACUUAUC